AUGAUGGGAUUUGUCGAAAACGUGGACCAGACUAGCCCGACAUACUACAACGACUCCAGCGCGACAGGCUUUGUGAACCAAAUAAAGCGGUUGAUUGGCGGAGAGUCGCCCAACUUCCAGGCCUCCCGAGCGUUCUCAGCAGACUCGCCCCGGAAGCGGAUCCCACGCAAGCAUUGUCGCCAACAGCAGCUGGUUGAUUAUGUCCUGCCUUCCCGCCAACGAGCUGAUUACCUUCUCGCAGUGUACCGCCGGCUAGUGUCCACUCUCUACCCUUUCCUAGACUUCGACGAGAUCGAAACCCUAUACCAGCGGCUGUGGACAGGCGAAGAUUUAGGCCCGGACAGUGUCACGUUUAUUUGCCUCAUUAAUGUGGUGUUUAGUUUGGCCAGCAACCUAGACACCUCUGUCGCGCCCCAAGACCGAAUUGUCAAUGCUGAGGUAUUCUACGACCGUGUUCAGGAGGUGCUCCCGUCGAAUCUUGUCCACGAACCCUCAAUGCUUCAGGUUCAAUGCUUCUUACUGUUAGGACUAUACCUCCAGAGCAGUAGCAAUCCGGAACAGUGCUGGAUAUUUGUGGGGUAUGCGAUUCGUAUUGCACAGAGCCUCAAAUUGGAUAUACCCUCAACGAGCGCCAAUGAGCCUUUAUGUCGGCGGGAGGCUAUGCGGCGGGUUUGGCAUUGCUGCGUCCUCAUGGAUGAAACACUGUCCAUGACUUUUGGCAGGCCGCCCAUGAUACCAUCUCGGGCCACAAGGUCGGUUCCACUACCUCUGCCGCACUCAGACGCGACGUCUUGUCUGUGCGCAACUCAAGCCCUGUCUCGAACAGAUGCCACGGAUUAUCACUUCUUUAUCGAAACAUUGAAAUUAUACAGCCUUAUGAAUCAGACACUGCAAAUACUAUAUGAUUCAGAUACUGACGAGGACCUGAGCAACGACCCAACCUUUGCAUAUUUUGGAAUCUCAGGAGCGAAUGCGGUGGGUAAUCUACUUGAGAUGGACCACAAGCUCUCCACCUGGUAUCAAAAUUUACCCCCUCACCUCCGCCAUGAUGAAAUGGCUGGCAAACAUCCGAUACAUCAUCGUCAGGCCAACAUUGUCGCAAUCAGGUACAGCCAUGUACGGAUCCUGCUCUUCCGACCCAUUUUGGCCAGGUAUUGCUCCAAAGACUUAAUCAUCAGCACUAACUCGGCUUCGACGGAAGACCACUUACCUGGAAAGAUCGCUCUCCAAUUCUCAGUGGCAUGUGUCAAUGCAGCUCUUAGAACAAUUGGGCAUUUCGACAUGCUAAUGGCUGGACAAAAGGUGGAGGAACUCGAUGACCAGCUGCCAGCUUGGUGGUAUACCAUCUUCUAUGUUUACACAGCUGCAACAGUUCUAGUUGCUGCUCGAUUAAACCACUCACUCCUUGCAGAGGUGACAGAACAGGCGGUUCAUCAAUCGUUGACAAAGGCCAUGAAUAUCCUUAGUCGACUCGAUGUCUUCAGCCCGCACGCGAGACGAUGCUCAGCCGCGAUAGCCUUGCUUCUGGAUCAGGUGAUGCACCAAUCCAACCACCAGGAGACGGCACACGGCAACCAGAGAGCGGAAAGGAUAUCGAGCCCGUCAGCGGCAUCGUGGGCCCAUGAGGCUCAAUCGUCCUUUGAGAGCCCUUCGGCCUUCGUUGCCAUGGGAGUACACACCAACGACUGGGCGCCAAGUGGUCGAGAGCCGGAACUCUCGCGCAGAGCACCGCCUACGGUAGAGAAUAUCGUCCGCCAUUUCAAUACGUCAGGCAUUCAUGUCAACGACUUCUGGGACAUGUCGUGGCUGAAAGUUACCAGCAUGCCAUCUCAGCUGUACUAA